AGGACUUCGAUUAUUGGAGGAAGCUCAUGGAGAUGUGGUUCCAAAUGAAUUGGAACCAAUGGAUUGCGUUGGAGGAACCAUUUAAAUCUCCAACGGAUAAAAAGGGAAAGUGUCAUUUCACUAGUCAGCAGCAUUGCAACCUGGCACUAGUCGCCGCAACGUCCCUUCUCCAAGCAGAUCGAUAUUCAACGAGGCAUAGAGAUGGAACAUAAACACCUAAGGAUCCGGAGAAACCUCCAUGGGAUAUGUUGUAAGCAGUGUUCUUAGAGGCGCGAGGCGCACCGAGGCGCAAAGGGGCUACUAGAGCCCGAGGCGCGCGCCUCUUGAACAUGAGGUUGAUAACUACUAAACUAUUAACACAUUCAUAUAAUAUGUCAAAUAUGAUAACUAUUAAUAUUCCACACAUAUCAAUAUUAAAUAUGAGAAGCAAAACAACACCAUAAUAAAAUUAAUAAAAGUUUCAAACUUUCAAGUUUCAACUUUCUAAUUUAAAUUAACAAAGUUCAUCAAAACAAGCGUAAUAAGCCAAAUUAAUCAUCAAGCUCAAGAUCAUCCUCAUUGUAUUCUUCUUCUUUAUCUUCAUCUUCUUCAAAUUCAAUUUCUUCUUCUUCUUCUUCAUCUCUAAGUCUUAGAGAUGAGUGUCUCAUAGAGGAAGAUAUAUUUCCCUUCUCAACUUGUUUAGGCCUAGCAUGUGAACUGGAGGUCAUGGAUGCAAUAUUUUUUCCUCUAGUACAAUAUUCAGGCUCUUCAACUCCACUAGCCCUAGCAACGACAUCCCAUGUUAAGUCAUCACCUUCAAAAACCAACUCAUCUUCUUCAUUAUCACUUUCUCCAUCCAUUCUAUCCCUCAACCAUUCAUUACUAUCAUCAAUAUCUAUCAGAGAGAUGGGGUUAAUUUUAUCACGUGCAUCAUACCGAAGUUUUAAGGCACGAUUAUAUUUCACAAAUACCAAAUCAUUUAAGCGCUGCUGAGCCAGCCUAUUCCUUUUUUUGCUGUGAAUCUAUAAAAUGUUAAAAAUCACAAUAAGUAUAAUAAAAUAGCAAAGAAUAUUUUCUACUUAUAAAAGUAACAUACUAAUAGUAUUAAACAUUUAUAUUUAUUAAAUACCUGCUCAAAUACACUCCAAUUGCGCUCACAACCAGAAGCACUACAGGUGAGGCUAAGCACUUUAAUAGCAAACUUUUGCAAUUCUGGGGUAUUUGCUCCAUAACAUUCCCACUAUUCUGCUGGAGAUAAUGCUCUUCUGUGUCUAAUUGCCACAUUCCUCCCAAAUAGCCCUUCUGCCUUUCGAUAUAUAGAGAGUUGAGUAGUGAUUUUAUCUUGCUCAGCAGCGCUUGGAACCAAUCUCUCCAUAGUUUCAAACAAACCAUUCACCACUUUUCCACAGAUAUUUGAAUCUGUGUAUGAAUAAAAAUAUUCUGGAUUCAAAUAAUGUCCUGCAGCAUGCAAAGGCCGAUGAAGUUGACAUUCCCAUCUCGUAUCAAUGAUCUCAAACACUUCUUUAUAUUUCUCUUCUUUCUCCUUAAAGGCCUUCAUAAUUGUUUCUUUUGCCCUAUCCAUAGCUUCAUAAAUAUAACCUAUUGCAGGUUUUCUUUCCCCAUCAACCAGUCUCAGAAAACGGACUAAAGGACCAUAUAUCUUUAAAAUAUGCACAACACUGCUCCAAAAUCUAAGUGUCAUGAUGAUUUUAGCUACCUUUUUCCCCGUCGUUUCUUUUGCCCAUUUACUCCAAUCCUUUGAAAUGAACAUUUUUUCUUAAAUUUUGCUUCUGUAGAUGCAUCCUUUCAAGAGUGAGAAAAGCAGUAGCAAAUCUUGUGACACCCGCCCGACAAAGCUCUUUUUGUCUUGUGAAUUGCCUUAACAUAUUUACCAUGCCUGGGCAAACAUAAAUGUAAGCAUUCACACUCAUUGCCUUAUUCAAUGUUGCUUUAAAAUCAGGCAAUUUCUCAAUAUCUUCUAAGAUCAAGUCGACGCAGUGAGCAGCACAAGGAGUCCAAUACAAGUGUAACCUUUUUGCUUCUAAUAAUUUUCCUAUAAAAGAAGUUAGAAAACUAGAUAAGCUUAACAUGUAUAAGAAAACACAUAUUGAUAAGAAAUAAUUAAAUAGAUUCUUACCAGCAAGCACAUUGUUACUUGCACUAUCCGUAACAACUUGAAGAACAUUUGCUUCUCCUACACGCUCCACAAAUCGAUCAAGCAACUGAAAUAUUUUCUCUCCAGUCUUUGCAUAAUCAGAAGCAUCAACUGAUUCGAUGAAAACUGAACCUUUAGGAGAAUUCACUAAAAAAUUAAUCAAUGUCCUGUGCCUUUUGUCUGUCCACCCAUCUGCCAUCAAACUACAACCAUACUUGGCCCAUUUUAUUUCACACGACUUAAUGUAAUCAUUUGUCACAUUAUCAACAGCUUUUUUUAGAAAAGGAACCCGCACCUCAUGAUAACUAGGUCCUUUUAGACCUAUACCAUAUUGGCCGACCAAGUCCAACAUCUUUUUGAAGCUUGAAUAGUUAACGACAUUAAAAGGAAUCGCCGCAUCAUACAUCCACUCAGUUAUGGCCAUACAAGUUUUUUCCCUCAAUUCUUUCUUGUAUGCCUAAUUUAUCGUAGUUUGUCUCUCUUUACCCUUUCUACUUUCGAUACUUUUUUGCACAUUAGGAGCAAAAUACGUAUCCAUUGGACCUAUUUGUCUGGGUCUUUUUUGCAUAUUCACUGAUCUAGAACUUGUACUUAUACUUGUAGGCGGCGGCACAACUUUAGCUCCAAUAUCAUCCAUAUCAAUAUCAUCACCAAGAGGGUCUACAUCCUCAAAGUCCAAUGUCGCAAGUUUAGAAAGAUUACUUUUCUCCGUCUUUUUCUCCAUGAAAUUUUUAAUUUCUUCACGUACAUGAGGUGGACAUUUUUUGCAAGUUGUAGUAUUUCGAAUCCCUCCAACAAGAUGAUGUUUUGCACGAUAGAUACUCCCUUUGGUAACUUUUUGACAAAAGUUACAAAUCAAAUCAUUUUUGUUAUUCGGAUUAACUUUUUGAAAAUAAUUCCAUCCAGGAUCUUUUGAUAUAUAUGUUGGAGUAUCACUACUACCUUCCAUGAUAAUUGUAAUUGAACAAGAAAAUAGCUUGAAAAAUCAAAAAUAAAAUAAAAUCAACGCUGUCAAGAAUAGAAAAGCACUGUACUGGUAAAAAGAGAACAAAAAGACAAAUGAAAAAUAGGACAGCAGCCCGAACAAGACCAAAAAUACAGCAAAAACGGACAACACAACAAGAACACUGUACCUGUAAUAGAAAAACUAGAAAAAAAGCAAACAGAAUAAAAAAAAAUGAAAAAACAGAAAAAAAAACAAAUUACAAACUAGAUAGCAUCUGCAGUACGGAUGAACAGGAUCAAAAAUACAGCAAAACGGACAACACAACAACAAGAACAGUGUACCAGCAAUACAAAAAUGAAAAAACAAAAAGAAAAACAGGAUUAAAAAAUGAAAAAACAUUGAAAAAAACAAAUGAAAUACUGGACAGUAGCACGAACCAGCAAAAGUGAUAAAACAGGAUUAAAAAAACAGCAAAACAGACAGCAAGCAAGAUUACAAUCUGCAAAAAUAGCAAAAACGGGAAGAAGAAAACAAAAUCAAGCAGCAGCAAGAACACGAAAGUAACUCAACGAGAAGCAAAAACAGAAAAAGAAGAAGAAAAGAAGAUACCAGAACACAGAAAAGAAAAAAGAAGAAGAAACGAAGAAGAGAAGAAGAGAAAAAUAGAAGAAAAGAAAUAGCAGAAGAAGAAGAAGAAGAAGAUAUCAAGAAGAUAUCAAGAAGAUAACAGAAGAAAAACGAAGAAGAGAGGAAGAAUCGAAGAACAGAAAAACAAAAAAAAGAAGGAAAAAACACAUACUUGGGCGACGGCGCGACUCAGCAACGGCGGCGGAGAACGGUUCAGGAGUGGCUGUUGAGUUGCUGAACCUUUAGGACUGUUGUGAUUACCUGAUCAUAGAACUGAGCCAAUCUAAAGGCCAUGUAUGGAAGGCGUGCAUCCCAGCUUUUGAAAGAGCAAGCAUGCUGUGAAGCUGGACAAUUAGCACCCUUUAAUAGCGAUGCAUUUGAACAAGUCAUCAAGGAAUGUGAUGAGCACAACCUGCAGCUUCAAUCAUUAAUCAGGAAAAUAGAGGAGCAAAACCUAGAUAUACAAAGAGCUAGGAAUGAAGACCACUUUGGUGCAGUAAUUCAUCAUCUUUCUUUGAUCCGGAACAAACGCUGUCUCAUGGCUUACAUAUAUAACCGGGAAGCGAUCAUUCAGAGUUUGAGAUGGAAACUAGGCAGUGUUCUUCCCCAAGAAAUACUAGUAAAGCUGCAUAAUUUGGAAAUUGAGUAUUUCAAAAACCACUCCGAGGCCUUAGAGUCCUACAUGGCUGAAAUGGAUCUAGAUUUGACUGUGGAUAUGGUUCCUCCAAAGGAUCCAUAUAUUCGAGUGAGGGUGCUGGACGAUAUUGGCGAUGUAUGCCUUGGUGAUCACACAGUGGCUCUCACCAAGAACUCUCUCCAUUUUCUUAGGCGUGCUGAUGCUGAACCAUUCAUCUCACAGGGUACGUUGGAAGAAUUUAUUGACUAAUGCCUCGUUGCAAAUUAAAAUUAUCACAGAAAGGUAUUUCUCGACUCUUGCUUUACAUUUGUGCCAGUUUUCCAACCAGAAUGAUAAGAUGAUUACACUGAUAUUAAGCAUUUCUGGAUUGGUAACUAUGCAUUGGAAGGGUGAGCUGUAGUCACAAUUUCAUUGUCUACCUUUUCUGUAAUAUCAUUUGAGAAUGCAUUUAUAAUCAAAGAGCUUUUAGCGUCUCAGAUCA